CUAUGGUUAGGUCUGCCAAAACAAAUGGAGUAAAGGCAAUUUUCACACUAUUGUGUUGCGCAGCUGGAUAUCGCACUCUUCUAACUGUAUUUUAAAAGGGGGUUUUCUUUGAUUUAUUAUUUCACAGGAUCAAGUGAUGUAUUCAUUUCUGCUCCUAAUCAUUUUGAUCGCAACCUCUAUUUGUAAAGGACAGCAUGAGAAAAAAUGUGACGUUUUCCCCAAAGAUCAGUACAUUGAAGUGGGAUCUAAUGCCAGCAUAGAGUGCCAGAGUUGCGGACAUGGCAAAAUCUUUUGGACACUUAACAACCAACGCGUGGAUGAAAGCUUGUCAAACACUAUCAGCUCCUCACGCACAUCCCUAACACUGAGGAACUUCACUCACCCUAGUGCCACGUUGCAAUGCCACAGUGUCGAUACUGACUUAGUCCUCGGAGGCACCACCAUCAAAACAUACUCAAAACCCAGCAAAAUAUCAUGUACCUGGCAUUAUGAAAAUCAGAUAAAGGGAAUGGGUGUGCCAGAAAUGUUAACAUGCAGCUGGGAGCAUCAGAUGAAUUCUCCACUGAAAAUAAACUACACUGUGCUGUGUGCCAAUGCCUAUAUGAAGAAAAACUGCAGCUCGAAUGUGAAAACAUGCACAUUCCCAGAAAUGGCUGAUAAAAUGGUGGACAAUAUCAGUGUUACUGUGAGAGCUAAAACUGCUGCUUGGGAAGUUUCCUCCGACCCUCAAAUAUUUAAUCGCUAUCACAUAUUGAAAAUUGCCACUCCAAAGUUGAAAGUAACUGCAACUUCUAAUCAUCUAUCGGUUGCAUGGAACCGGUCAGCUUUAGUGACGAAGUGUGAAGUGAAAUGCAAGGCUGCCAAUGAGCGAACUCCAGAGUGGGUACUCAAUAAGACUCUUAAGCCUGAAGAUAGUAGGAAUGUAACAAUUACACAAGUGGAAUCUUGCGCUUACUACAACAUUUUAGUCCGCUGUGCUUUGGAUCAGGCCCCCUGGAGUGACUGGAGCCAGGAGAAGAUUUUGACCAAACUAAAAGAGAGCGAUGUCAAGUUGCAUCUGUGGAGAAAGGUAGCCGAACCAGGAAAAAAUGGAGUUAGAAAAGUUUACCUCAUGUGGACGGAAAUUCCUUCAACAUGCCAGGGCACAUUUACCUACACUAUCAAAGUAAAUCAUACAGAUACUUUGUGUGGCAACACUACAUGUGAUAUUGAUGUGAACCAAGAUGCAUACAGACUAAAUCUCACAGUCUUCCAUAAUGAAGUCUUGCUUGCAGAGGAAUCCGUUUAUGUUCCAGCCAUUGGAGAAAGCCUCCCUCAAGUGACAGACAUGAAGGCUUCAAGCCUUGAUGGUGUUGUUCUGGUCAGGUGGAAGGCUCCUCUUGAACCUGUCAGUGGUUACAUGAUUGACUGGACCCACAAUGGAAAUCAGUACUACUGGAAGCAAAGCAAAUACACCAACAUAACACUGUUUGACCUCCUUCAUAAGAAGCCGUACAACAUUACAGUAACUCCACUCUUUGAUGACAAAACAGGUCAAGGCACACAAGCCCUUCAAAUUUGCUCCAGAUUCGGAGAUCCAGGAAAGUUCAUCAAGAUUGAUAUUUAUGCUAAAGACAAAAGUGCCACGGUCAGCUGGAAAUUGGAGUCAGAAGAAUGCAGUGGUGUCGUUGUCAACUACACAGUUUUCUACAGGGCAACGGAGGGACCACUGCUCAAUGUCACUGUAGAUCACACAGAGCCGAAAAUCAUUUUGACAGAUCUGAAUCCAGAGACAGAAUACAGCGUCUAUGUUGAGGCCAUCGCUCUUACUGGAACUACCAUAAGCAGUGAAACGUCCUUUAAUACCAAGAAAUUUGACCCGACGCUCAUCACAGCACUUGGUGUCUGCGGAAGCAUCAUCAUACUUGUUGUGUUAUCUCUGGGAUUAUGCUGUGCUAUCCAGUGGAAGAAAUUCAAGGAGAAGCCGGUGCCUAACCCAAGCCUCAGUUCUUUGGCAUUGUGGACACCGCCAAGUCAUCAAAAGGGAACAAGCUCCUUCCGGCCAUUCAGUAAUCCAUCUGAAAGCUUCUGUGAAAGGAUUUUUAUGGAGGACACUGAGAUAACUUCCACACCUAAACUAGCUACUGGCUGUAAUCCACGCCUUAACCCAGCCAGUGACCAGAGGGAGGAACAUGCUCAACCAGCCAUAACUCCAGCGGCUGAAAUACAGGAUGAAAGGCCAAAUGAAUCUGUAGAAACUCAAUGUGAUACUCCAGAAUCCACAGCACUGCUGUCUUCAGACAAAUCUUUAAACCCAUACCGCUGUCAGAGCUCUGUGGAAACUCAACCCCCGAGAACCUCUAAGCAAUCUAAGCAUCUGCUUCCAGAGAAACCGCAAGAAAAAACAGCCACUGUUUACGUCACUUUGGAUAUGUUUGAACAUGGCCAGGGUAGGUAAGAAAAAUAGAGGCAGAAUUCUAAGUUGUUCAGGUUUGAUUAAAGCAGCAAUGAUGUGUGGUGUCUUGUUUGGAAUGAAAGUAAGGAAGAGUGAUUGUAACAUUAUGCUGUUUCUAUCACUUAAGUAAUACAAUGUUUACAAUGUUUUUGU